AUCACAUCAUCAUCACUUCCUCGACCAACACGCAGUAAAUCUUUUGUUUUAUUUUGCAAAUCAUACUCCCUUGCUGUUGUUCUUGAACGAUUCAAGCGACCACGUAUAUUUACUUGAAAGCAUUUCCUACGUUGCCGAUCGAUCCCCAGUCACAUCGCCAACACAACAACUUCCGACCAAAUCCUAUCACCAGAAAGCUAUGCUGCCAAGCGAUCAUUGAAAUAAUAUUUAUCAUAUGAAUACUGAGAGACACUGAUAAAAUGAGUACACCCCAAGGUCAGUCCCAAAAGGCCACCCCAGGGAGACGGCAACCCCAACGCCACGGUCGAUCGACGAAAACCAAGGGCUACGCCUCUGAGAAUGACGCUGGAAUGUUUGACGUGGCGCAGGCUCGCCAAGUGCCCAGAACUCCAAAUAAGGCUGGCUCUGGUUCUCCAGCUCCUGGAAAUACUCAACCUGGUACCGGUACAAAUAAACAGCGAACCCGCGGCAAAGGAAAACCGAAGGCAGCACAAACCUCACCCGACGAGCCGCAGUCUCACUCAACUCCUCCACAACAAACAGCGGCAAUGAAGGCUGCCUCUGGGCCUGCAUUUGCAGGUGCGACUUUUCAUGCAUCACCAGCUCCCUCUGCGUUACCAAUUCCUAGCUUUCUCACUAAAUCUUCGGCCGAAUCUCCCGUUCCUAGACCCGUUGCCGAUCUCUCUACAAGUCGCUCUGUUCGCGAUUCUCCUGCGGAUGCCCGUACAACAAGUGCCCAUCCAAGCAAUGGCGCACGUGAGUCCCCGUUGGACUUCAUGUUCCGCGCCCAUCGACAAGAGAAGGAACGAAUGGGUGCCGGGGGCGCUUCACCUGGCCAAUCUGGGGCUUCUGCAUAUGCGUCAACUAUGUCACAAACGCCGCCGUACUCUUCUGGUAUAGACAGAGUAGAAUUGGAUGGAACGCCUGGUCGAGAUAUUGGGCCUGCCUUCUCAACACCUUAUCAAGAUCGAAUUAAUGCUGCUCGAACAAUGCGUUCUGGUACAGAGCGUGGGCCUGCUUCUCUCGAGAAUUCAUCGAGCUUUACGCGCGAUCAGCCCGAUGAUGCUUCGGAAGCUUUGAAGAGAUACUUAUUUGGCGGGCCUGUUAAGCCUGCAAACUCCCAGCCCCAGCAGCCCCAGCCCAGUCAUCCCAGUCAGUCUCAUCAAUCUUACCAACCUACAUCGUAUGUACCCAAUAUGGCACCACAGGGCCUAUCGAAUCCGUCCGACAGCAUUCAGACAAUGGAGGACAGUCUUCGCCGCAUCUUGAAGCUUGAUCUUGCGGUAGAGCCAUCCAGUUCAGGAAGACAGUACAUACCGCAUAACCCUUGAUAUGCAUCGACUAGUAUUGUUUGUUUUUCCCUUUGUUUUCUUAUACCUUUUGCAUUGGUACAAUGCUCUCGUCUUGCAUUUGACCCUAGCGUUACCACACGAGCGGCCGGAUAUCACUUUCGCCACAGCACAGGGGCUGUUGGCUCGGCGUUGGGUUGAUAUGGCAGGUAGAUAGGUUGCUUUUUGGUAUUUAAAUCGAAAUCAUGACAUCUCUGUAUCUUUAGCAGUAGCCACUGGCAUUGGUUGCUCGCAUUUGAGCAUCGUGUUUUGUAUCUGUCCUGUCCGUAAAUUAGUUCAAACCCCCUUGCCAACGGAAAAUGAUAGCGUAAUAAACCAAUUACUGUACAAACAAAAAGCAAGAUUAUAUUAUAACACAUUAUCGCACUUAUUAAGCGACUAAUGCAUAGUCGCAGGUCGAGUAGGA